CUUUCGGUGAGAGCUGAUAUCUCUGGCGGUUUGCCGCAUGGAAGUCGCCCAGGCAAGGCAGAAUAUCAGCUGUCUGAUCCGGACUCCUCUCCAGUUGCCGAGCACUGCACGAGCAGACACAACAUCAUACUCACAUUUACUGGGAUUCAACGGGAUAUAACGGCAUUUAUCCGCUGACCGACUGACAGGGGAGUCUAAAUACCGGCUUCAUUCCUGCAGUGGGGGGAAUAAUUCUUACACAGAUGUAACAACAACAACAAAAAAGACACACCGGAUCGUCAAGUGCGCAGAAGCCACAUCUUGAAACAUUACGCACAGCUAAUUCUAUUCUAUUUCUUUAUCUUUUUUUCUUCCUAUUCCCUCCAUCCCCUGCACGGACAAACCAGGGACCGGAGGUCGGGGGGAUUUCCACGGUAUGGAGUCCUGAUUUUACCAAUCGACCCACCGGGAGGAAUGAAACUGAGAAGAUCCGUCGCCGUGGUGGAAUAUUAAUAACCUAAUCCUAACAAGAAUCCAGGGGAUGUUGCCGCAGAGUUUGGGACUCUAGAGAGCAUUCCAACUUUUUUUUGGUCUCUGUUUCUAAAUCUCUCUCCCUCUUAUCUUCCUCGCCAGUGAGACUUCUAUUUUCGUGACUGAUUCGCAGUGCUACUUCACUUCUCUAUCAUGGACCGGUCGGCGUCUUUGGAUAUAGAGGCGCUCAAGAUGACCCAGGAGCAGUAUAUCCUUGCGGCGCAGCCCAACCCGCUCCACCAGCGGGGGGCGUCGGUGUGCGGCGCCCAGGUUUACCCGGCAGUGGGAAUCUACGGCUGGAGGAAGAGAUGCUUGUACUUCUUCAUCCUCCUCCUUCUCGUCACCAUGAUUGUCAACCUGGCGCUGACCAUCUGGAUUCUCAAAGUCAUGAACUUCACUCCGGAUGGAAUGGGGAAUCUGCGGGUGACCAAGGAAGGUGUCCGAUUGGAGGGCGUGUCCGAAUUCUUAUUGCCUCUAUAUGUCAAAGAGAUCCAGUCUCGCAGGGACAGUCCAUUGAUCCUCCAGUCAGACAGAAAUGUGACCGUCAAUGCUAGGAAUGAUCAGGGACAACUGACCGGUCAGCUAACCGUGGGUUCAGAAAUGGUAGAGGCUCACUGUCAGAGGUUUGAGGUGAGGAGUACAGAUGGAGAGAGAGUUCUGUUCUCUGCAGACGAAGAGGAGAUCAGCAUCGGUACCGAGAAACUGAGAGUCACAGGGAAUGAAGGUGUGGUGUUCAGCCAUUCCGUAGAGACAUCACAUGUAAGGGCAGAACCUUUCCAAGACCUAAAGCUGGAGUCGCCGACUCGGACCCUGACCCUCGAGGCCCCCAGAGGGGUGGAAGUCAAUGCUGGAGUGGGAGACUUCACGGCGUCCUGUAGGAAAGACCUCCUCUUGCAGUCCUCAGAAGGAGAGAUCUUUCUAGACGCCAACACCAUCAGGCUGGGCCGCAUUCCCUUCGGCAGUGCUGUGGACCCCCUGGAAGGGGCGCCAGCAGGUACCACCUACACCAAACAGACUGUGUAUGAGCUUUGUGCCUGCGCUAACGGCAAACUCUACCUGUCCCCGGCUGAGAAAGGAUCUACCUGCCAAACCACCAGUAACUUUUGUCUCUGGAGCUGAAAGUGGGAGGUCAACAGACACUCGGGACAUACGGACUAUUAGAGUAUGAAGCUAAUGCUAGCCAACUGACUGAAUCAACGUGGAUCAGGGCUUGGUGGGAACCUAAUGCCAGCUAACAAACUGAAUUAACAUGGAUUGUAGCAUGGCGAGAAGUUCAUGUCUGUUAACCAAUCGAAUUAUAUGGAUUAGAGCUUGGCAGGAAGCUAAUGCUUGCUAAGAGACCAAAGUAACAUGGACUGUGGCUUGGAGUAAAGCUGAUGCCAGUAAAAGGACUGAAUCAACAUGGACUAGAGCUGGAGAAGAAGCUUUUGUCAGCUCCCUGUCCAAAUUAUUAUGGAUUGAUCAUGUUGUCAGUGCCAGUCAGGAGGAAGGAUGACUUGGUGGGAAGCAAAAGCCAAGGUUAGCUGGUGGAUAUGAUGCUAUGAUGCUACUCAUGGACAUGGAUCCACAGUCUCAGUCUGGGGCUCCCUCGUUGGCUUUCUUUGCCUUUGUUGAAUUGCUGCCAUGAUGGUUUCUGAAAGUCACAAGGAUUACAUGUGGGGGGUUUCCUGAGAACAGCAAACUGUCUUACAAUAAAAGUGAGUUGUGUGUUCAGUCUUUGACCAAAACGUCCUGGAAAACAUGUUCCGGCUUUUGUUAGGAUCAACAGAUAUGGUGAUGGACUGCAAACGCGCCAGCAAGGACACGGACAAGGACUCAGUUAGCAAACAGACACCAGUGUGGACUUUGGUUGAGCCCUGCGGUUCACUAACAAAUAAAUCAGACAAUGGUUUAGUCUAGUGGGAAGCUAAGGCUAGCUAAUGGACCAAUCUAUACCAGAAAGGCCUUCCCCCUCCUCCCCCUCUAGUCUUUCAACCCAAACGUUGACGUGUGACCCUUCUGCAUUAAUCUGCGCCUGAUAAAGAAUAUGCUCUCUGACACCACUUUUCAUAGGAUAACUAAUGCAAAUAAUUGUGCUUCAACCUUGGAAUUUACCAGCUUUCCCCCCACUUGUUUUAUAUUUAUUCACAUCUACUUUUAUUUUAUUCUAGUUCUCUUUGUUUUUAGAUACAAUAUUUGACUUUGUAUCUCUUUGAAUUCUGUUGUUUUCCCUAUAACAUCCUCAUAAUCCUUUUUUCCUUCAUAUUUUGCUGCGGCUCUCCUUUAUCCCUCAUCUGUGCUCUAGUUAUUUGUUUCUGUCCAUGCACCUACAUGCAUUGGACUGGUAAAGAAAACGUUCUGCCGAUCCACUCUCUUCCACUGGUCUGGUUAAAAAUACAGAAAACAUUGUUUUAUCUGCUUUCUUCCACUGGACUGGUUAAUAAGAAACCUUUUCAGUAACCAUUAGUACCAGAUUCAGGGUCUGUUCCCACAGACUCUCUGGAGUCCUUCUACGUGGGCAUGUGAUGCUUUCUCAUCAGAGACAUAAAGCAAAUGGUAUAAGAAGACGAAAGUGAGUUUAGUCUCACAGGCAGGCAGAGGCAGCAGUCAGGCAACGGCCAGACCAAUCAUGGUCUUGUUAUAGAGCAUUAUACAUCUUCAUCCUGUGUUACUUGACUGUCAGACUUUUCUCACUCUUUUUGCAUGACCUUUCUGCUCUUCUUGUCAAGCCCGCUUCCUUCUCAGUCAUGUCAGUGUUCUGUGUCAUUGAGAAACGUUUCUGCUCUUUGCUCUCUUUUUGUUCCUUCCUCCGCUCGUCUUUACUGCAGUAUUUUUACCUCUCGAUACUCCUUGGUUUUCCCUCUCUAUAUUCAUUCCAGCUGUUACAUUUCUGAAUGUUGUCUUUUCUUUUUGUCUUGUCUUUUUCUCUCUUACCCGUCACUCACCAAAUGGCAUGGUUAUUUGUUGUCUCCACACCUUAUUUGCUAUUUCUUCACUUGUUAAAAAGGCAAUGUGUAAGACAAAGCUGGAACUUUUGUUUAAAACAUUUAAAGUAGGAACUAACACGAUCAACGGAAUGGGAAGAGGUGACAGUGUUGACGUCGUUGACGUUAUGUCAAAGACGUCUAUGUAUUGUGUUGGAGAUAUCGACUGUAAGUCAGCCUUUCCCAGACCAUACUUUCUUGUAAUACCACUUGUUCCUUGAGAAUGAAGAAGUAGAUCUCCCCCGAGGCUUGUCCACAACAAAUCCAUGGUCCCUGGUCAUUUUAUAGUUUUUUCUUUGGAUUAAAUUCAAACUGUCAGAAAUAAGAAAAUGACUCACACCCUCGCCUCGUCCUCACAGCUGCCAGUGGGCUGCUUCACUGGGAGUACAGCGUGCUGCGACUCAAAUACAGACAGCGCAAACCCCAGUACCGGGGCUCUGAUCACAGAGGACUGCUGCCCCGGCUCGCCGCCUGAUGAGCAAACAUUCUGUCGCUACCGUGACACAGUGUACACCCAGCCCUCUCUGUCUCCUGGUGCUGUUGUUUUUUUUUGCUGGCCGAAUCCGAGCCACCACAACUAAAGCUUGUUCCCCCUGAGUCACUGCUCACUCUUCUCCCUGCGAGGCAGUCCCACGUCAGCAGGGAGGACAAAAACCUGAGUCGUUCCCUUGUCUCCUCCCCUCUGGACCCGAGCCAAUAAACAAACUAAUUUAACGUUACAUGGACCAACCAGCCCCCGUCUAGUGGCACAGUAAAUACUCGGAUGGCUCAUGUAAACUAUAGACUGCUGCCACACGUGACGAUUAUAAGACAUGCAGUGUUAUUUUGAGCAGCUCUCAGAGUUUCAGCAGUUUUGAUUGAAUUCUAUGUAUUCUUGCCCCGCCGUUAGUUAGUACUUGACUUUUUAAAUACAACUUCUGUCUGUAAAUCUAGAUUGUAAUGACCCAAUAGUAGAGGUGUAAUGCUACCCCCUAUUAUUUUGGAGCAGGUGACUCGGUAUUACAUUUUGCAACUUUAAUGUCCUUUUUCCAUUUCAACUCAAAUAUCAGAAUAAGUGUCCCUUCACUUUCACACUAUGCCCCAUUUCAACCAGGUAAAGUCAAGAAGGUCCAAAAUAAUAUUCCGGGGGUUAUUUUUGAUAUAUUAAAUCAGUCUCACAUGGGGGGGGGGGAUCAGAGUGAAUGGCCUCGGGCUGGCUAACCUAGCACCCAACCUUUGCGAUGGCUGGAAAUCAAAAGAUUUGUGUGGCAGAAAUCCCCCUGGAAGAAAUCCUGGAUGGAUUUGGUUUUAUGUGUGUGGACUCUACUGGAUUAAGGCCCUGAGGCAUACUUUCUUUCUUUUUUUAAACAAAGUGAUACACAGGUGCCUUUGCUGCUGUUGGUAAAAGCACAUCACAGUCUGAACGUUCACACUACCCUCAGUGGAACAUCUGCAAGUGACUGGAAAAAACUAUAUAUUUAUCAAUCUACCUAUCUAUCUAUUUACUUUUUGGACGUUUUCCUCCUCUUCUCUCCUGGUUUUGUAGAACUCUCAGUAUAUCCUGCUGAAAAAAAGAACAACUCAAUCCUGGUUUAAAGUUUAAUUUUCUGAUGUGUUCUCUUAUGGUUUUAUUCUUGAUAAUAAAAAAGCACAAAUUAUGCCAUGUAUAUAACAAUACCAAUAAAAUAAAAAAUUAAAUAAUAUUGUUUUUAAAGAGAAUCUCUGGAGUCUUCAGUGAUGUGAAAUUUGUAAUUAUCGCUUUUAUGUUUCUGUUUUCCCUGACGACUAUGGCCUGACUUUAUAUGUUACCAUAAACUCUACAUUAUUUCAUAUGGGGAAGGGUCAGGCAGGGACUCAACUCUGAUCUGGCAGAAAGGCGAGCAGGUCCAAUCAUUUCAUUUGGGCAAAAUAAAAUGAUUGGACA